UACUUUAAUGACUGCAUAAGCAUGGGCAGAGUUGCCUUGAUAUUGCUCGUGAGAGUGGCUUCCCCAGGGAACGGAUGGUGCACCAAGAUCAUGAUUGGUAACCACCAGGUCUCUCAUCUAACCAUUGUCCAAACGGUGCCGCUCAUCUGUAUCCAACAGUCCAACGCUGCUGCAAUCGUCGGAGGUUGACAAACACUCACACACGUGAGGCGAUGACAAUGACAGGUGUUCUUCCUCUUCGGCGUCCGUCCCCCUUACCGCGCAUGGUUAGCGCCCCUCCCUUGCUCUCAGCCCUCACCCCAACACGACAUCUAGGUCGAUUUUCUAUUUCUGUAGCCGACCGACCACCUCUCUUCAACUUCGCAGAGGGAGUGAAAUACCAUUUUCUUUGCUCCUUGCCUUUGCAUGCCUUCAAUUCUUUGACGGGUUCUUAUCCACCUUUUAAUACCCCUCUUCUUCCACUCAUUAGCGUGGGCAACGAGACGCCUAUAUAGUAUACGCCUCCGCCCCCAAACAACUUCGACUACUAUACCACUCGACUCGACCCAAUUACUUCUCCCCUUGAACCCCGAGUCCAACUACUUCAUCCCACGGAACCUGUGCUACAGAGGGUUGUAUCUUCGGCGGACACAGAACCAUGGCGAACGCGGCGCAAACGACAGGCGCAGAUCCUCAGGCGGAAGAGCUGCGGAGGAGGAACGUAGCUGGCCAACCUUCUGCUGGCGCACCAGCAGUUGCGCGCACUCCAGUGGCCGAGAAGUCUAAGGAGAAGCCGUUCAGCAUCCUGACCGUUCUUGACGAGUACGAGUUCAUUUGGGCGCCACUGCUGUUCACCGCGCUGGCCUUCUUCACACGCAUGUGGAAAAUCGGUCUCUCGCCAAUCGUAACCUGGGAUGAAGCUCAUUUCGGAAAGUUUGGCUCUCAUUAUCUCAAGCGCGAGUUCUACUUUGACGUCCACCCCCCGCUCGGAAAAAUGCUGGUCGGUCUGUCGGGAUACCUUGCUGGAUACAAUGGGUCGUUUGAAUUCAAAUCUGGAGAAACGUAUCCUCCUGAGCUGAACUACACCUUCAUGCGUCUUUUCAAUUCGGUCUUCGGGGCUGUCUGUGUUCCAUUGGCAUACUGGACAGCCAAAGAGCUGAACUUCCGGAGACCGACUGUUUGGUUAGUUACCAUGAUGGUUCUGUUCGAAAACUCGUACACCACCAUCAGUCGCUUCAUCCUGCUCGAUUCCAUGCUCCUCUGCUUCACUUUCACCACCGUCUUCUGCUGGUCCAAGUUCCACCGUCAGCAGCAUGAUCCAUUCUCUCCUGAAUGGGGUCUGUGGUUGAUGCUUCUUGGUGUAUCGAUUGGCUGUGUGACCAGCGUCAAGUGGGUUGGUUUCUUCGUCACUGCCCUGGUUGGGCUCUACACCAUUGAGGACUUGUGGAACAAAUUCGGCGACCUGAAGAUGCCCAAGAUUGAGCUUUUCACCCACCUAGCUUUCCGCGUGUUUGGUCUCAUUCUGAUUCCGUUCUGCGUCUACCUGUUCUCGUUCUACCUUCACUUCUUAAUCUUGGAGAACAGCGGCCCCGGCGACGCUCAGAUGAGCUCGCUUUUCCAGGCCAACCUUCGCGGGACAGAGGUGGGCAAAGAUAGCCCGCUCGAGAUUGCGUAUGGUUCUCGCGCUACUCUAAAGAACAUGGGCUACGGAGGCGGUCUCCUUCACUCCCAUCACCAGACAUAUCCCGAAGGUUCGACCCAACAGCAGAUUACUUGCUACCACCACAAGGACUCGAACAAUGACUGGUUCUUUUAUCCCAACCGUCACGACACGGAGUAUGAUACGGAAGAGCCCCUCCGCUAUCCUUCUAAUGGCGAUGCUAUCCGUUUGAUUCAUGCACAGACUGGCCGAAACCUCCACUCGCAUCAAGUUGCUGCUCCUGUCACCAAAGCCGACUGGGAAGUCUCAUGCUACGGUAACACCACAGUUGGCGAUACCAAGGAUCACUGGGUUAUCGAGGUCGUUCGCGAUGCUGCUUCAAGAGAUUAUUCCAAGAUCCGCACGCUGACAACGUCUUUCCGUCUCCGACACGCCGAUUUGAACUGUUACCUUCGGGCCGGCAAUGUUAACUUGCCGCAAUGGGGUUUCAAGCAGAUUGAGACUACCUGUGUGAAGGAGAACAAUCCCCGCGACGUUUACACUCACUGGAAUGUUGAGAGUCACGUCAAUGACAAGCUUCCUGCCGGUGACCCUGGUUCCUACAAGUCGCCCUUCUUCCAAGAUUUCAUCCACUUGAACGUUGCCAUGAUGACUUCCAAUAACGCCCUGGUUCCUGACCCAGACAAGCAGGAUGACCUGGCCUCAAGCUUUUGGCAGUGGCCCAUCCUUCAUGUCGGUCUUCGGAUGUGCGGGUGGAAUGACGAUAUCGUCAAAUAUUUCCUUCUGGGCAACCCUCUUGUCUACUGGGGCAGCACUGCUAGUCUUGGUGUUCUUGGACUCAUGGUUGUUUGGUAUCUCAUCCGCUGGCAACGUGGCUACGGAGACCUGAAGCCCGCUGACAUUGACCAUUUCCACUACUCCGGCAUCUACCCAGUUAUUGGCUGGUUCCUUCACUACAUUCCGUUCGUUGCCAUGGGCCGAGUUACUUACGUCCACCACUACUAUCCCGCCCUUUGGUUCGCUAUCUUGACAUCCGGUUUCUGUGUCGAUUGGAUGACAAGGACGCUGAACAAGCAGAUCAGCUGGGCUAUUCAUGGCGUUCUGUAUGUGGCAGUCAUUGGCCUGUUCGUUUUGUUCAGGGCAAUCAGCUUCGGUAUGGUCGGACCAAGUUCCCAAUGGAGCCAUCUCAAGUGGUUUGAUAGUUGGAAGAUGACAGAUUAGAAGAUAAAUCUUCCUCGAUUGUCUUGGAGGGUGUGAGAGAUAUCUAGGAGGGUGCUGGGGAACGGAAAUCUUUUUUUCCUUUAUGUUUUGAUAGCGGUAAACAUUAUAAGUCAAGAGGGCGAUGCGUAUCUUUCAAGAAUCACAGGAAGAAAAAAAUGGGUGUUUUUCGGUGGCGCAUGUCGAUCCGGUGUGAAGCUUUUCCUUUUCUCUCUGCUCAUCUUGUUCUUUUACUCCACUGUCUGUCUUUGCCCUUUGGGUCCGUAUUUAACACUGUAACAUUAUGACUAUUGCUUCCCUUUUUUUAUCCUGUUCUUGCCGUCGAUGUCUUCGAUGACUUUGUUUUCCAAUCCAGAGUGAAAACAACAAGGGAGGAGGCAGUACGAAUACAACACAUAUAUAGAUGCAGGCUGCAUGCAUCAUCUAGAACCCUUCACCAACAACAACAACAACAACAACAACAACACACACGACUAGAGUGGGAGAAGGAACGCAACACCGUAAAUCUUUAUCUUGUAAUUUCUUUUUAUUGGAAGCCGAAGUGUUUUCCCACACCUAACGAC